ACGAUCCGGAGAAUUUGUACCGUGACCGGCAGGGGGGGCGGGAGGAGAGAGAGAAGUCAAGUCUCCGGGGCUGCUGGCGACUUCGGAAGCCGCGCGCCCCGCGCCCUCGGCCGCCCCCGGCCGCUCGCCCCCGCCGCGCCGCCGCCCUCGCCCCCACGCUCGCCCUUGGCCCCCGGCGGCCGCGAAAGGGUGCGGGAGACGCGGAGCCGGAGGAGGAGGCGCAGCCGCUGCUCGAGCCGCAGCCGCAGCCGCAGCCGGAGCCCGAGCCGCGGAGCGGGCGCGAAGAUGCACACGACCCAGAAGGACACGACGUACACCAAGAUCUUCGUCGGGGGGCUGCCCUACCACACCACCGACGCCAGCCUGCGCAAGUACUUCGAGGUCUUCGGCGAGAUCGAGGAGGCGGUGGUCAUCACCGACCGGCAGACGGGCAAGUCCCGGGGCUACGGAUUUGUCACCAUGGCUGACCGAGCUGCUGCUGAGAGAGCCUGCAAGGACCCGAACCCCAUCAUUGAUGGCAGGAAAGCCAAUGUGAAUCUGGCAUACCUGGGCGCAAAACCAAGGAUCAUGCAACCAGGUUUUGCCUUUGGUGUUCAACAGCUUCAUCCAGCCCUCAUACAGAGACCUUUUGGGAUCCCCGCCCACUACGUGUACCCGCAGGCGUUCGUGCAGCCCGGCGUGGUCAUCCCGCACGUGCAGCCCACGGCCGCCGCCGCCUCCACCACCCCGUACAUCGACUACACGGGCGCCGCCUACGCCCAGUACUCGGCGGCCGCCGCCGCCGCCGCCGCCGCCGCCGCCUACGACCAGUACCCGUACGCCGCUUCGCCGGCCGCCGCCGGCUACGUCACCGCGGGGGGCUACGGCUACGCCGUGCAGCAGCCAAUCACCGCCGCCGCCCCCGGGACGGCCGCCGCCGCCGCCGCGGCCGCCGCCGCCGCCGCCGCCUUCGGCCAGUACCAGCCGCAGCAGCUGCAGACCGACCGCAUGCAGUAGGGCGGCCACGUGACCGGAGCCGGCUCGUUUCCCCUCCCCCUCCCCCCCUCCCCCCAAGCAUUGCCCGGUGUGUCGUAGGUAAGGCGAGUGAACGUCGACCUCACAACUUUCAGGAGGGACAAAAAAAAAAAAAAAAAAAAAAAAAAAAGCAAAGCUAUGCUCUCGUGAAGCAGAAUUCUUCUUUUUUUUUUUUUUUAUACUCCAGUAGUGUCGUAGAUGAGAGAGAGAGGGGAGUGGGCGCCGUUUUGGAAAUCGAUCCCAAAGAGAGCCUGAGUCGAGGAAAGUGGGAGUAAACAGUGGAACUUCACUUUCAAAACGGGGUUUUUAUUUUUUGCUCUUUUUAUAGUAUCAGGGAAGCAAACUGCCUUUUACAAGUUAGGGGAUGCUCUUUGAAUCUAGUCGAACCAGGGAAUACCGAGCGAGCAAUAUGUAGCUUGAAUUACUUUAAAAGCAGAUUUAAAACACACACACACACACACACACACACAAUGGCGAAAGCACUGAUUGUCAUUUUUUUAGCAGUCACUACGGCCUCUAGAACUUUUUCAGGUAAGAAGAUCACGUUCUUACUCUCUCAAAAAAUGGGCAUCGAACAAUCAACCUAGGAGCGUGGCAGUGGGUGAAAUGGUGGACAGGCACCAAAGCGAUUUUCUCAUCUCUCCUGCGGAUGAGCGGGACUGUGGAGCAAGUGAUGUGGAAUUAAUGGGUGCAGCAGCUGUACAGACAAUCAAUAACACACACAGUUCUGGAAAGAACACAUCACUUGUGCUUGUUUGAUGAGCUUGUCACAUUCUAAUCCCUCUCCCCAUCCUGUUUCAAUUUUGGGAAACUUGUAUCUGCUGGUGUCAGCAGUUCUGAUUCUGAACUAGGAUCAGGCUUUUACUACAACAGCCUUCUCUUUCUAUUGAUUGUGUUGACUCGUGGCUUACGAUUAAAGGCAGGCAAAGUUUGCAGACUCUAAACCCUUAAGAACUGUCUUAAGGACGUUUAUUCCCCCCCCCUCCCUUUUUAAAUAAUUUUACACUUUUUAGUAUCUAUUUCAGAGUCAUAUUUAAAACUAUUUAUUAGUGAACACAGUACACGAGACAACAAGGUGACCGAGAUUACAGUUCUUCAAAGGUUAACGAUAAUGUGGUUUAUACUGUGCCUUAAUAGUAAUGCUAUUUAAGAUAUUUAUUUUUAAGUUUUACUAUGCUGCACUCUAAAGAAAGGAACUUUAGAUGUGACACUGUAAAAUUAUGUAUUCAUCUCAUGGCAUAAAUUAUUUAGUAGGUCUAGAUGUAGCAUAUUAAAUAUUAACCUAUCCAACGAAAGAUGUUGACUUGGAUUUAUUUAAAUUCAUAUGUGCACUGUAUAAGAGAAUACUCUUACAUUAACACAUUUUAAUUUAUUUUUAUUUUUAGGUUUUUUUUUUAAAAUGAGAGAUACUGCUAGUUUCAUGCUUCCUUCUCUAAGUUUUGCUCGUGUAGAUCUCAUUUAUUGGUAUUUCAUUAGCGUGACACUAUUCUUACAUAGUUUGUGCAGUUUUAAAAUGCUGCUUUACUUUUUUCUUCCGAAACUGCAAUAUUUGCAAUUUUUAUUCUUAAACUAAAUUGAAUACUAUUUUACACUGUAUUGGAUUUUUAUACUUGAACAAUUUCAUACAAGGGAAGACAGGUUAGCAUUUUUAUGGACUUUCUCCAUUAUCACUGGAUUUACUUUAAGUAUUCCCAUACUAGACAGUGUUAUGUAAUGUAGACAUGACUCUCCUGUGCAAAUUAUUUAUUCAUUGUGUAUAUUGCUUUAUAACAUUUCAGAUCUUCUAAUCUAUUCACUUGUAUUAAAUAUAAUUUUUAAAAACUUC